AUGGAGCUUCAUCCGCACCCGACAAUCCCGCAAAAGAAGCCCGUCUUGGUGUGCAUCCUCGACGGUUGGGGAGAGAAUGAAUACGAGGACGAGCACAACGCCGUGCAUGUGGCCAAGACGCCGACGAUGGACGCGCUCAAGGCGAAAGGUCAAUCGUUCUAUCGCACCGUCCAGGCGCACGGUACGGCCGUUGGCCUGCCCACCGAUGCGGACAUGGGGAACUCCGAAGUCGGGCACAACGCCCUGGGCGCGGGGAAGGUGAUCGCGCAGGGAGCGUCCCUGGUUGACAUUGCGCUUGAGACAAAGAACAUGUUUAGCGACGCCGGGUGGGGGUACAUCAAGCCCGCGUUCGCGAACAAUACGCUUCACGUGAUUGGAUUAUUGAGUGAUGGCGGUGUGCACUCGCGCACGGAUCAAAUAUUUGGCUUGAUGCGAGGCGCGCUCGCGGAUGGGUGCAAAAAGUUGCGCCUGCACGUGCUCACCGACGGACGAGACGUUCCGGAUGGUACAUCGCACGAGUACAUGGCAAAACUCGUCGCUGAACUCGACUCGUACACCGCGCAGGGAUGUGAUGCGAAGGUUGCUUCCGGUGGUGGACGCAUGGCGGUGACCAUGGAUCGUUACGAAGCCGACUGGGGUAUGGUUGAGCGGGGCUGGCGCGCGCACGUUUUGGGUGACGCCCCGCAUAAGUUCAAGUGCCCGAAAGAAGCUUUGACGGAGCUUAAGAAGGAUGGAGCCACCGACCAGUACGUUGCACCGUUUGUCAUCGUUGGCGAUGAUGGCGAAGCGGUCGGUACGAUCCAAGACGACGAUGCCGUCGUCAUCUGCAACUUCCGCGCAGAUCGCGUUGUCGAAAUUUCCAAGGCUUUCGAGUAUGCAGACUUUGACUCGUUCGAUCGCGUGCGAUUUCCCAAGACAAAGUUUGUGGGACUGAUGCAGUACGAUGGCGACUUGAAGCUACCGGCGAACUAUCUCGUUCCACCCCCGCUCAUCGAGCGGACUUCUGGCGAAUGGCUCGCGAAGAAUGGAUUGAAAACCUUCGCGUGCUCCGAAACUCAAAAGUUUGGUCAUGUCACCUUCUUUUGGAACGGUAACCGCUCUGGGUACUUCAACGAAAAUCUUGAAACAUAUGUCGAGAUUCCGAGCGACAAUGUGCCUUUUAACCAAGCGCCGUUGAUGAAGGCUCGCGAAAUCACCGCAGCCGGGAAGGAGGCGUUGCUCUCUGGGAAGUACGACGUCGUUCGGAUCAACUACGCUAACCCUGAUAUGGUUGGUCACACCGGUGACAUGGCGGCCACCGUUGCGGCUUGCGAAGAGUGCGAUGCGUGCGUGAAGGAACUUCUCGACCUCGUGGAAGAGUUGGGUGGUAUGUUCCUGGUCACCGCCGAUCACGGCAACGCCGACGACAUGGUGCAGCGCGACAAAAAGGGUGGCGCGUUGAAGGACGACAGCGGCGCACUCUUGGCUCUCACUUCGCACACUCUCGCUCCAGUUCCGGUCGCAAUCGGUGGUCCGGCGUUGCCCACGGGUGUCAAGUUUCGCGACGAUCUCCCAAAGGCUGGUCUCGCCAACGUCACGGCGACGUACAUCAACCUCAUGGGAUACGAGGCGCCGGCUGAGAUGGAGCCCAGUCUCAUCGCGUGAUCGCGACCCGCGGAGCUCUUUGCGACGCGUCUCCACGCGCACUCAAGGUGCUUAAUCUCGAAUCACCAUUAAUCAGUCCUCAUGUCAACAUCAGAUUUUUUCUUUAGACG